ACCUCAAUAAUUGAAAUUGAAACAAUAACAAUAAUUCAAAUUUAACUACAUAUACGUUAUAUAAAUAGGACAAUUACGUAAUUAUAGGAAGAAUUUAAAUAUAGAUUUUAUUCGUGUACCUACAUCAGACCCAAAAAUGAGUGUCUUUUUUUUCUUUUUUGUUGUUUUACAGUGGUGGCAGUGGUUGGUCCACGUCAACGACUUCAAGCAGUUGUGGACCGCACAACCUACUUACGUUAUAUCCCAAGCAGUUUUCCUCUUAGCAGGCGUUGUCACAUUAAUACAUGCUUUCAGAAAGGGUGGCAGAUGGCCUUACUUUUGGUUGGGCACGGUGUUGCAUGGACUGUAUGCCGACAACUUUUGGCACAUCGUUUUGCCUGAAUACGAUAACUUCUGGCAUUCACAGACCACCCUGAUAUUCCUUGGACAAAGAUUGCCACUACAUAUUAUAUUAUUAUACCCGGCAUUCAUAUAUCACGCUGCUUAUGCGGUCUCGAAACUGAAACUACCGAGAUACGCGGAACCAUUCGCUGUAGGGUUGGUGACGGUACUGAUAGAUAUCCCUUAUGAUAUCGUGGCCGUGAAGUUCGUCCAUUGGACAUGGCACGACACCGAUCCAAACAUCUAUGACCGCCACUAUUGGGUACCAUGGAACUCUUACUAUUUCCAUUCUACUUUCGCUGCUAGCUUCUUUUUCUUCUUCGACGCCACUAGGAGAUGGCUUGCACCCAAAGUUGCGCAGUGGGAAUCCGCUGGAAAAAAGGCUGAAUGGAAAGCGUUGUUGGUAGCUGUCUUAUUGGGUAUGCCUGGUGGAGUACUGAUGUUCGUGCCCAUCUACCAUCCACUUCACGACGUUUAUAAAAUUCACUCCGAAGUGACGUUCUUCCUCUUGUUCUCUAUUUUCUGCAUCUUUAUCAUCAGCGGCCUUCUGAGUGACAGGGAAAAAAAUAAAGAAAAGUUAACAAUUAUCGACUACAUCCUUAUGCUUCAACUGGCUGUUCACUACGCAAUUUACUGGAUAUUUGCUGUAUUCUUCCAUCCUGAGAAAGAGUGGUCUUUAGGAUUCCAUGAGCCAGUAGGUCCUUGCAACGAAGUCGCAACGCUCACCACACCAUUUGGACAGACUCUUGAGAAACGCAAAUACUUUUGUGCCGGUGAUUACGACGAAAGCUAUUUUGACUUCAACUGCGUGGGUGGACAGAAGCCCGCUAACGGAGCCUCGUGGUACGUCAUUUGCGGCACUCCGUUUGAGAAUCGUGCUGAAUACAUAACGGUUCUAUCAACGAUUCUCCUUGUUGCGUCAAGCGUGUUCUAUUGCCUUUACUUUAAAACUGCACCUGCGGCCCCACCACAGAAGAAACUGAAAACCAAGUAAUUAAUGCUUGUUCACGGUGCAAAUAGCAUGAAUAUGUUGAAUUUACGCGGAUUUUUUAAAAUGAAAACUCGAGCUUG